AUGGACGAGCAUCAAAGGGGAGACGAUGGUGACGAAUUCGCGCUUCGCGAAUUUCUCUCAGUUGACGCUAGAGCCUUAUGCACGUGGAGGAACGCCGUGCGUUUACUAGCGACCGUUUUCACAAUUGUCGCCAUACGACGUUUCGGCACCUUGGCAGGAGUCCUUCUCGGUUUUUUUCUGAUUCUGUGGAAUCUGAGAUACCAAGAAACUGGAGAAGGGAUAAGUGCAUAUUCAGUAUUUAAUAGAGGCGUUCGCCACUUGCUUGGCGAUCUUCGGCCCGCGGACAUCGACAGGCAGCUGCGCAAUGCUGGCCCGGAUGGCGAUGAAUCAGAUGGUGAUAACCUCGUGGUGAUAGACGAUGCACGAGCCGCUGGAGUCCACCGAUCUCGUGAUGCGAACAAAAAAUGCCCGUGUGGCAGUGGAAAGAAGACGAAAAAGUGUUGUGCAAGAGAUUUCCAGGCUCUAGAUUAA